AUGGCCGGGAGGGGCGGCGGCCCCGACGCCUCCCCGCCACCGGGGCCUGGGGUGGGGGCAGAGCGGCGGCGGCGGCAGCAGCCCCAGCCCCAGGAUGCGCUGCCCGGCGCCGGUGCCCUGCGGGGGGCAGAGCGGUGGCAGCGGGCGGCGGGGAUGGAGGCGGCCCUGCGGCGCUGCUGCUGGCGGCGCUGGCGGCUGCGCGGGCCGCGGUGCGCGCUGGCGGCCGGGCUGCUGGGCGCCGCCGCCGCCGCGCUCGCCCUCUACUCGGCGCUGCCCGAGCCGGCCCGGGCGGAGGGCGAGGCGGUGACCGUGCUGCUGUGGUGGGAGCCCUUCGGCCGCCCGCGGCGCCUGCCCGACUGCCGGCGGCGCUACAACAUCAGCGGCUGCCGCCUCAGCGCCGACCGCAGCCGGUUGGGCGAGGCGCAGGCGGUGCUGUUCCACCACCGCGACCUGGCGCGGCACGGCGCCGAGGGGCUGCCCCGAGGGUCCCCGCCGCGGGCCCCGCGCCAGCGCUGGGUGUGGAUGAACUUCGAGUCGCCGUCGCACUCGCCCGGGCUGCGGGGGCUCGCCGGGGUCUUCAACUGGACCAUGUCCUACCGCCGCGACUCGGACGUGUUCGUGCCCUACGGGUACCUCUACGUCCCGCCGGCGCCCCGGCCCUUCGUCCUGCCCCGCAAGACGCGGCUGGUGGCCUGGGUCAUCAGCAACUGGAACGAGGAGCACGCCCGGGUGCGCUACUACCGCCAGCUGAAGGAGCACCUGCCCAUCGACGUGUACGGGGCGCGGGGGCUGGCGCUGGCCGAGGGCGGCCUGGUGGAGACCGUCUCAGCCUACAAGUUCUACCUGGCCUUCGAGAACUCCCAGCACACCGACUACAUCACCGAGAAGCUCUGGAGGAACGCUUUCUCCGCCAGCGCCGUGCCCGUCGUCCUGGGACCCCGCAGGGCCAACUACGAGCGCUUCAUCCCUCCCGAUUCCUUCAUCCACGUUGACGACUUCCCCAGCCCGCGGCUCCUUGCCACCUACCUGAAAUUCCUCGAUAAAAACAAGCCCAACUACAGGCGGUACUUUGCCUGGAGGAAGAAGUACGAAGUCCACGUCACCUCGUUCUGGGAUGAGCAUUUCUGCAAGGUCUGCGAGGCUGUUAGGACAGCUGGGAAUCAAAUCAAGACUGUUCAGAAUCUGGCCAGCUGGUUUGAAAGCUGAUGCUCCUGGCGGGUGAGACUUGUCUGGACUGCCGGGGCCAAGUGUCAAGGUGUCAGGAAGGAUGAUUCUCACAGAAAUCAUUAGCCCAGGUAGACGGCAUUAGCCACAGGAGACUGACAUCAGUUGGAGAAGCGUACAGAUACAGGAAAACAAGCUGUGAAAAGCCUACAAAAGGAAGAUUUUUAUUAAUGAGAAAAUUACAAGGAGACAUUAUGCCAGAUGAUUCCUAAAGAGCAAAGUUAAAUUUCCAGAAGUUGUACAGUUACAGAACUUUUAAAUUUCUGCACAGCUCAACAUAAAUAUCUGAUGCCAAAUUCCUCAGCUGUACAGCUGAAACCAAUUUUUGUGGCUAUGACAACUUCCUGGACCGUGAAACUUUGCUCACAGAAGACACAUGAUCAGUGCUGGUUUUCUGUAAUACUAAGACAAAAAUGAAUGUUUUAAUCUGUUUUUUAUGCGUGUGAAAGCUAUUUACAGACAAAUUCUGAGCUGCAAGUGUUGAAUGUAAGAAUCUGAUGAUACAGUAGCACCUUUUAGCGAUGCUUUAAAUUGCAGCAGCCAGUUAAUAAUACUUUGAACCAAAUAAUUGUUCUGUUUAGGAAAAAGUGUAUGGGGGGGCUGAAUCUGAGUGGACAGACAACUCAGAUGAUGUAAAGUAUUUCUCCUUCUACCUGCUGAAACCAUAGGCAUGUUUAUCCUGUAUGGGAGUAGAUUGGAACUUUAAGUACAGGAAAACAAAGACUGUAGGGAAGAAAGUUGGAACACUUCCACCCUCUCUUUAUUCAGGAAUUAGAAAAUGUUUACAGGUAUCUGCAUGUUUUUCUCGGCAAAAUUAUUGCCAUACAGGAAAAUGCAGGGAAAGGCUCGGAAUUGCAGGGGUUUUAUUGCUGUAUUGAAUACAUAUACAGAAAGGCGAUCUUUUUUCUCAUAUAUCAGCAGACAGUGCUGUUGUGUAGCAACUCUUUCGAUUUUUGGCAUGCAUUUAAAAAAUUCUGCUGGGGGACAGACUAGUCAGAAUGUUGUUUUGUUGUUUUUAAAAUCAUAAUUACAAAAAAAAAAUUCCCAAAACUCCCAAAUCACUUCCAUUCAGAAAGAAAAUCACUGUAGAGAAUAAGAUCUACAUUGUUGGUAAAAUGCAAAUUGUGUGAGGAAAGAAUAGGAAAAGGGAAUGAUUUACUAUUUUCUUUUCGUUUGGCUUUGAAGUCUUUUUGUGGCUCAGUUUUUGAAUCAAUAAAUAGGUUCUUAAGGUAGAACUCAAUUUGCUCAGUGCCUGUCAAGGAACAUUUACAGUCAUCAUUCCCUUUUAGACUCCCACAUUUUGCUGGAGCCAUCCUAGCAGUGGAUGUGUGGUUACUUUUUGGUUACAUGUAAUCUUGCUCAGCCAAAGCCAGAAAGAGACUUCAGUUACAAUUGCACAUCCUUGCCAAGCUCAGCCUCCCUGUCUUCUGCAGCUGUGAAGCUUGGUGGCAAAAUUGGCAGCCUACAAGAGACUUGCCCACCUGAAUAAGAUAUUAAUUCUGAUGCUUUUUAAUCCAUGGAGCUACUCAGAAACUUCAUUCAGAAUAAAAUCAUGGGCACAGAACAGGUGGGAAAAGGAGAAAGUCAGUUGCAAAUAAAAGAUGGGCAUCAGAACAGGCAACCUUGCUGGCAUUUGUGAGUCAUAUUUAGGUUAGGAAAGGAUUAGAUUUGAUUUAAGCUCUCUGGGAUAUUGAAUGAAUGCUUUUAAGAUGUAUGAACUGGCAAUCUGCUGUAAUUUAUUUGUAGUUAGAUGUUCCCCAUGAUUAGGUAAGCUUGGAGCCAAGGAUUAUUGGAAAAAAAUCCCCCUAAUAAUAAUUAAGUUCAUUAAUAAUUUGCACAGUUUUACCAGUUCAGAUCUUGCAGGCUUCUCCAAUUAUUCCCUUCUGCUUUUGUGCAAGGAGGGUUGGCUGAAAGUACUUGAUGAACCUUUCUGUUGUCAGUGCCCAAGUUGCUGUAGAAUAUUUACUGGGAAGGGAGUGAAAACAAUCUAUGCAAUGUGGGAUGUAGUAGGGAUGUUUCCUAAUGCUGCACUUUCACUCCAAGAAGUAUAAAGUGAUUGUUUAAAGUAAAAGAGGGGUCUUCAUGGCGUGGUCAUCUGUUUCUCAUCAGUAGUUACUGCUCCCCUAAUACUGGGUUUGAUAUUUUUAAAACUCCAAUAUAGGUAUAGUAUUAAGAGUAAUACCCAAAUGUCAGGAUGAUGGGCUCCCUCUUUUCCUUUGAAUGUAUAGUAUUAUUUUUUUCUGUUCAGUUUUUACCAGAGUUUGCAGAACUGUACACAAAAACACAAUCUGAAAAGUAAAGAAAUAAUAUUUAAGAUUGCAAUACUUUUUAUCAAUCUGCUGAAACCAGUGCAUUUUUUUGAGUCCUCCUAAUUUUUUUAGCAUUUUGUGAAAGCUUCCAGGCACACAGUUCUACUGUGUAAUCAUUAGUAAUGCCAUGUGCAGAAGAUCAAGCUGCAGGAGCAUGGGAAUUUCCAGAGAUUGCAAAUAUUAAUUUUCUUCUCAACCUCUCUAAAAAAAAGAGUUGAAAUCUUUUUGUAAAAUUCAGAAAAGAGCUACAAAGCAAUUAAAGCAUAGUUUGGGUAAAGUGGUCAAAAUUGAACAGUAUUUGUAAAUUGUACAUUGAGGCUUUUCAAGAACUGUAUGGUGAAAACUGCAGAUUUGUAGUAAUUAUUGCAGAGCACUUGCAUUGGGAGAAGAGAAGCCUUUUCUAAUUCCAUCAUUCUUGCAUGGAUGUUGCAAAUUUGUGGCUUCCCAUUUGGGAGGGAACUCAGUCCAGGCCUAUAGCUGCUGAAGUCAGUAUUGCAGAAUUUCUAUAGAUCUCUGGUUUUUGGUCGUCCACACCAUGAGCUAAGAGUGUACUGUUACAGGCAAAGGACUGGCUUUUGUAAUGCACUUUGUAGAGCUCUAGUUCAAUGAUAAAGUUUGCCUGAACAAACUGUUUUGUACAUUGGGUACCAAGGCAUUGCAGAUGAUGUAUACAAUCCAGUUGUAAAAAUUGGGGAAAUCUAUUUUCUAUUUUUAGUAGAAAAAUUUCCUUGAAUACAUUUUGGAAAAUUUUUUAUCACAUGCCUUAAAAUAUUGGGGUGGAGGGAGAGAAAGGAGGAUCGAUCAUUAUCUUCUGGGUUUUAUAAGAAGAAGAAUUACCAUUACUUUUUGGUCAUUGAUGUAAAUGGAAUAGAGAUUUGUGUGAUCCCUCAAAUUACAUAUGUAUCUCAGGGAAUUUUGUACUGUAAGGCGUCUUGAUCUUCAUAGAAUGAAGUAACUUUAUAUUAAUGAUAUAUAUUGACACUCAAUAAAAUUAAAGGAAGUAGUGCAAAAUGACCCUAUUUUUUAUUCUGUUGUCUGUGUUAUGAAAGCUGAAGAAAACUGCUUUUUAAAGAGAAUAAAUGUCUUUUCAUAUUGGUUUAAUAAAUAAAAGUGGCUGAUUGUUUUCAGUGCAGUCAGACUAUGUGAGGUUAGGCAUGAAACCUGAUUCUGCCAGGAGAAAAAUAUUUUCAUAGGAAAUGCUGUGCUGAGUUAUUUUCUACAUGAAAAGGUGCAUUUAUUGAAGUUGGGUGUUGGAAAAAUGUCAUUUCAAACGAAAUAAAAAAACUAACUUUCUCUCGA